ACUGCGAGACCUACAGGCGACAGUGCUGUAUAAAAACUGUAGCAGGUCACAUAUUAUCGUAGUCGAGUACUGACACUUAAAUCAGUAACAACAAAUCCAAUUGCAAAAAUGGUUGCCAAAUUCGUGAUCGUAUUGUCCCUGGCCGUGGCGGCUUACGCCGUGCCGCUGGUGGCGGUGGCCCCGGCAGAGUACGCCGCGCCUGCGCACUACGAGUUCUCGUACUCCGUGCACGACGAGCACAGCGGCGACGUGAAGCAGCAGCAGGAGGCUCGUGAGGGCGACGCCGUGCACGGCUCCUACUCGCUCGUGCAGCCCGACGGCGUGCACCGCAUCGUCGAGUACACCGCCGACAAGGAGCACGGAUUCAACGCCAACGUGCGCUACGAGGGCACCCCCGUGCACCCCGCUCCCGUCGCCAAGCUGGCCAUCGCCGCCCCCGUCGCCAAGCUCGCCUACGCCGCUCCCGUAGCCAAGCUCGCCUACGCCGCUCCCGUAGCCAAGCUUGCCUACGCCGCUCCCGUCGCCAAGGUUGCCUACGCCGCUCCCGUCGCCAAGGUAGCCUACGCGCCUGCCCCCGUGUCCUACGCUCACGCUCCAGUGGCCUACUCCGCGCCCGUCGCCAAGCUCGCCUACGCCGCGCCCGUAGCGCACGUCACCUACUCCUCUCCCGCCAUCUCCUACCACCACUAGAUACCCUUGUUACAUAGUUAGACUGUUCUAUUUAUUGAAAUGACUAGGUGAUAAUAAACAAUUAUUAAGCGAAAUUCAUUACUUUUAUUUAG